CUUAUGACUACCAUAAGCCUCCUAUUCACCGGGGAACUCCUUGACCGUGUAUCACGUUGGCGGGCAAUGAGCACCAUCGAUGAGCUGAUAAUGAUCAUUCCUGUUGUCUUAAAUCUUAAAGGCAACUUAGAAAUGAAUCUUUCUGCUAGAAUGGGAACUGCGGCUAAUAUGGGCGAGCUAGACGACAGGAGCGCACAACGCAAGAUUGUGGGUGGUAAUCUGGCACUAUUACAAGUGCAAGCGACUGUCGUCGCAUUUGUCGCAGCUUGUGUCGCGAUGCUCCUCGGUCUUUUGGUCCCAGAACUAUCUUCGGGUCCUGUAGACCCUUUUCCACAGAACAGCACCCUAUCGCUAACUGCUAGGUUGCCUCGGCCGCCGCCGCCUCUAGGUGGGAAACCGAAGUCUGGUUUGAUCGAAUUCACGAUGGUGGCCUCUUCAGCUAUGAUGUCCGCAUGUCUGUCAAGCAUUGUCCUCGGUUCCUUCAUGUGUUUUCUUGUUAUCAUAUGUCGACGAUAUGGGCAUAAUAUUGCGCCCCCCAUAGCAUCGUGCCUCGGAGACUUGGUCACCCUCAGCCUUCUUGGUGUCAUUUCCUCCAUACUCAUCAACGUCGUCAAUACUCCCAUUCCUCUCAUUUGUGUCAUACUCACUAUUCUCUCCGCCACGGUAUGCGUGUUCCUGGUGAGGCGUAACAACAGCGUCAAGGAUCUGAUCUACCAGGGCUGGGUCCCACUCUUUGGUGCAAUGGUAAUUUCUUGCGCUACUGGUAUUGUGCUUGAUAUGUUUGCCUCUCGUUAUGAAGGAUUCCCUCUUCUUGCCAUCGUUAUCAGUGGGCUUCCUGGCAGCGUUGGGUCUAUAUUUGUUUCCCGACUCUCGACUGCUCUUCAUGCAGCAUCUGCGAACGCAUGCCUGCACAAAAGCGAACCUUCCCCAAAACUUGUCAUGGUUACGUUGACUGUCAUUACAAUUCCCAUAGAGAUCUUGUUCCUCUGUACUCUACGCGCGUUUGGGUGGUUGAAAUUACCCAUCAUAUUUGCGAUAUUAUCAGUAUUAUUUUUUUGUUGUGCAGUCUUCACCUCAUUAGUUGUAGCUCGAUGGUUGACCAAUUUCUUGUGGUCUAAAGGUCGUGACCCUGAUACAUACGCUCUGCCCAUCCACUCUGCCCUGAUGGACCUGAUAGGGCAAUUACUCCUUGUAUUGUGCUUCGAGAUCAUCUCACUUUUGGGCAUGAACUUGUAA